AUGAAGGAGCAGAGACCUUCCGUUGGGUCGAGGAGAGCGAGCCUGCCAACACGGAGGUCAAGUACAGAGACGUCGUCGUUCUCGCGCCCGACAGUCGUCGUCAAGACGCACGAGAGCGCGAUAUGGGAGCUCUUGCAAAGGGUGGUCGUGGAGGUCCGGAUGCACGGCUUCAGCCGUCUCCUCCUUGCUGACGAAGCGUGCAUCUUCCUCCUCAGGCUCACGCAAGGCAUCACCGGCGCACUGGUCCUCCAGCUCCAGCAUGUCCAGGGCAGCGAUGCGGCGAACCGCGGGGCAGCCACCGCGGCGCCGUGGACGGCGAACGCGGACCUGGUCAACCUACCAGAGGCCCUCGGCGCAGCCGCGGCCUUCCGCGCGCUUCCAACCGCGACAGUCCUCGCAGGGCUCUUCACGCUCCUCCCACUGUUCGCCCGAUCGCUGUUUCCCGGCCACCUGACCGCGGCCCGCGACGUCGCGGCGUGGAGCAAGCGCGCUGGCGCACUGUCCACGCAGGCCACGCUGCUCACGGCUGUCCUGUUCCUGGCCUCGGCGCACCGACCCGGCUGGACCAUCGUCGGACUGCUCACGGCCUUGUGCUGCGCGCUGAUCUGCGCAGCGGAAGUCGCGAUUUGGACGACAUUCGGUGUCCACCCCACUGCAACCGUCAACCCUGGAGCCAACGCCGUGCACACGCUUCUCGACUCCCCGAUCGCCAAGGUGUACGGCGCGGUGGGCCUGCCGUGGGCUACGGCUGCGCUGUUCGAGGUCGCGCUCAACGGCGGGCACCUGCUCCGGCUCGCGACGCACGUCGUCGGCGCGCUGCUGUGCCUGGCCGGUACCGCCACCACGCACGAGCUCCUGACGAGCCUCUGCGGCACGGAUCGGCAGAGCAGGCGCAAGCUGCGCCCGUCGCAGACCGGCGGCGGCGGCGGGCGGGAUGACAGUUCUGCUGACCUCUACAGCCCGGUCUCUGCGGCCUCGCCCGGCCCGGCGACGUCGCGCGAGUGCCUGCGGACGAUGAGCCGCGGCAACUUGAUGGUUGCGCCGGCGCUUCCGAGCCCCCUCCAAGCCUACAUGCAGCGGCAUCUCUGCGUGCACGUCAGCGAGGGCGUCGCGUGCGUCGCUCUUCUGUCGUGCUCCGCGCUGCUUCUCGUCGCGGCGGCCGCGUCAUCGAUCGCCGCCACCGCGGCUGGCAGCACCACGGUUCAAAUGCCGACCGCGGUGCUGGUGCUCUUCCUGGCUACGCUGCUGCCGGGGCUCCACAUGGCCUCGCGGCUCAUGUCCGACACCCGCGACAAGGUCCUGUGCAACAUCAUGCCGCGCCACGUCAUGGACGAGCUCCUCGCGCAGGCCGCGGCCGCCCCUCUGCAGCGCCACCUCGGGGAAGUUGGACUGGACGCGAGUCUGCCGUCGCCAGGGCACGGCUUCCGUCGCUUCACGUCGAACUGGGACGUCGGGGCCUCGCGGAUGUCGUCGAACUUCGAGGGCUCGAACCCCUCCGGGCCGCCUCAAGGCCCCUUGUCUUCCACGGGAAAGGUCUUGUCUGCGCUCGGCUCGCUCGCGGCCGAUGCGAGGCUCCGGCGGACAAGCAUCGGUCUGGACAGGCCCGCGAGCAUGUCGACACAGCGAUCCACCGGGCUGUCGCGCGCGGAGAGCGCCCGGCGCGGGGCCGGGUUUCUGCGCUCGUCGCUGGAUGGCGCACCGCACUUCCCGAGCCCGCGCGACGCCUGGGGCGCGCGUCCGCGGCAGUCGAGCGAGAUCAUCGAGCGCGUGUCCGCGCAAGAUCUCUCCGCGGCGCACAGCGAGGCCGCGGAAUCCAGCUCGUCCCGCCGUGCGCCUGGCAGGAGUCCUGGCAGCGCGCCGCCGCGCCGGCCGCCGCGGCUGAGGCUCGACAGCAAGUGCACGGGUCUGCGGCCGCGGCCGAUCCCGGAGGACCAGUCGUACAAGUCUCCGCUGCCACAGGCUUUGUUCGGGGGCACCAACGGGGUGCUGCUUCUUUCCAACGCUGCUUCGGGGCAUCAGGAGUGCGCGGCGCGGCCGACGACCGGGCUCUUGGCGGAACAGGAGAACGACACGGCACAGAUGGUGCGUGGCGUGGAGAGGAUCAGCGAGGAGCGGCUGGGCAGGCUGAGCGAGUCACCGACCGGGCCCACACGGGCGGGCACACAUGCGGGGCAACUUGUUGCGAGCGUGACCGAGGUCGACAACAGCUUCUCGACGCCCGCAAGCUCGACGAAGCAGCCGCGCAGCAUAUCGUCAACCAUCCUUGGCGCCCUGCGCUCCAUUGCCUCGCCCCGCGCGAAGAAGCGUCCCUCUCCUUUUCGGAGAAUGUCCACCCGGGCGCGAUCCACGGAAAUCGUGCCGACGCCUGGGGAUGAACGCCCGAACGUCGAAGCGGGCCAGGGGCAGGAUGGGCACUGCCGACUGCGGCAGCUGGCGAGAACCAGCGAGCCGAGCCGCCUUGCGGAGGACUCGCCGCGCGAGCAGAUCGAGACAGCGCUCGCGGACAGCCGCGGGGCUACGCGCACAACUGGUGGCCUGAGUCCGAGCCACGCUAGGAAGGAUUCCACUUCCAAGGACCACGCCGCAAACGACGCGCGGGAUUUCCUGCUGAACCAGGACCUGAACGCGGAAGGCGGCGAGGCAUGCGAGGAGGUGGUUCGAACCUGGUAUCGGCAGCUCCAGCACGAGCUCGAGUCGUCCGACCAUGACGUCCUCCUCGACUCCCACGACGAGCGCGUCACGCAGCGCCCCGACACUGUGCGUUGGCUAAGCGACCGCACCGUCCUCCUCAGCGAGACUGUCAACAGUCGGGGGCUGCGCACCUCGGAUGCUACCACAGCCGAGGUGUGGCGCGUCACGGCAGACGAUGUCGACCCGCAGGACCAGGACGCCCUCGUGCAAUUUGAGCACAUGCCGCGGUACGUGCGGGGCCCCGAGCGCCCUCUGUGCUACAUGGAGUUCCAAGACACAACCGUGGUGUUCUCUGACAUCGUCGGUUAUACCCAGAUGUCGUCGAGCCUGCACCCCGGGGAUGUGCUGGCGACGCUGAACAAGUACUUCGAGCGCCUCGACCAGAUGGUUCGCGUCCUGGGGGUGUACAAGUACGAGACAGUCGGGGAUGCCUACGUGGCAGUCAUCAACAUGGAACAAAGCGGGGGCGACAGCGGGGACCGCGCGAACGCCAUGAUGGACCACGCGCUGACCGCGUUCUCCUUUGCCGAGAGCAUCUUCCACGCCGCGGCGACCGUGCUGGUGCCGGGCGGCAACGGUGCACAUCUGAGGGCUCGUGUUGGCAUCCACACGGGGCCGCUUGCCGGCGCGGUCCUGGGCGACGUCCGCACGCUCUUCACGCUCGUCGGGGACACGCUCAACACCGCGUCGCGCAUGGAGUCGGCUAGUGAGGCCGGGUGCAUCAAAAUGAGUCAUGCCACAUGGUCCCUACUUCCCCCCGAGAUCCAGACUUGCUGCGAACACCAGCGGGAGCACAUCAAGGGCAAGGGCGUGAUGGACACGUACCUCGCCCGCGUCAUGCCGGCGUCCGCCACGCCGUCACAGAGCGAGCUUAUCGACCCCAAAUCUGUCCAGCAGCCGGAGGUCGCCAGGGCGAGCGGUGGCGACGCGACGCCGGUGCAGCUCAAGGCUCGCAGCGACUCGCUGAAGUUCCUGAAGGACGACGGGUUGCCGCCCGUGAGCCCGCAGAAGCCGGCGGGGCGUGUCCAUCCCUUAGCAGGCCAGCAGUCGUUCCGGAGGCGGCAUUCGACGGAGGUUGCACCCUGCACGCCGACCGUCAAGGACCAGGCGCUGCUGUCGAGCGUCGGGUACCAGAGCCCUGUCACGCUGGACUCGGGGCGGGGCCGCGACAGCUCCGGCUCGAACCCGUUUGUCAUACGCGGGCGCCUCGCACGGGGCAAAACGACGCUGAAGGAGCAGCUGGAGAAGCAGGUGUCACAGCGGUCGAACUCGGCGGUCAGCGGGGCGCUCGUGCGGCUGAUGCAGCGCGAGAAGGCUGGGCAGAGCAACCUCGCCACACCAUGA